AUGGAUUCCAAGAACCAGACUCUAGCAACAGAACUAGUUCUUCUGGGGUUUUCCAAAGAUUUGGAGAUAAACUCAGGACUGUUUGCACUUUUUUUAGGGAUAUAUUAUAUUACUCUUAUGGGAAAUAUGCUUAUACUCUGCGUGAUCCUCAUUAACCCCCAAUUACACAUUCCAAUGUACUUUUUUCUCUGUAUCUUAGCCAUUCUGGAUUUGUGUAUUUCAACAUCUGUUGUGCCCCGGAUGCUUUCUGACCUGAUUUCCCUUCAAAAAACAAUCUCAAUUGGUGCUUGUAGCCUUCAAUGCUUCAUGAUACUUCUUUUGUCCGGUACAGAGUCUCUGCUCCUUGCUCUCAUGGGUUAUGACCGAUAUGUUGCCAUUUGCCACCCUCUGCGUUAUCCAGUUCUGAUGAGAUGGAGUGUAUGUCUUCUCAUUCUUCUUUUCAUUCUUCUUCUUCUUCUUUUCAUUCUUCUUCUUCUUCUUCUCAUUCUUCUUCUUCUUCUUCUUCUUUUCAUUCUUCUUUUCAUUCUUCUUCUUCUUUUCAUUCUUCUUCUUCUCAUUCUUCUUUUCAUUCUUCUCAUUCUUCUUUUCAUUCUUCUCAUUCUUCUUUUAAUUCUUCUUCUCAUUCUUCUUUUCAUUCUUCUCAUUCUUCUUUUCUUCUUCAUGAAAAGAAGAAUGAGAAGAAGAAUGAAAAGAAGAAGGUCCAAAGCUUUUUCUUCAUGUACAUCCCACAUCAUUGUAGUGGCUAUUAGCUACGGAACAGUCAUUAUUAUGUACUUUGGACCCUUAACUGAAUACUCUAUACAUGAAGGAAAAUAUUUAUCUUUAUUUUUUCAUAUUAUGUGUCCAGCUUUAAACCCAAUUAUUUACAGUUGGAAUAAUAAAGGAGUAAAAAAUGCACAGAAAUUUUUUUUUUUUUAA